AUGCGCCUUCCAGAUAUGCCAUACCAUACCAGCGAUGCAAACAAGAGGUCCAGCAAACAAACGUUGAUUUUAAAUUCCAAAGCAACCAGUCACCAUAACGGAAUGGAGUACAAUCCCAAUAGUUCCUAUGCAUCGGAAACAAACAACAAACUAUUGCCAAUGGUUUUCCCAAGAGAUUGUAGCAUGUUAUUCCUCCUUGUAAUUGCUGUUUGCAUCCCACACAUCAUGUGUCGUAGCCUACCUGAGCCGUCCUUGUCCGAGAGGCACAAGCAAUGGAUGGCUGAAUACGGGCGAGUCUAUAAGAAUGAUGCAGAGAAGGAAACACGAUUCAAGAUUUUCGAAAGCAAUGUGCAGUUUAUAGAGUCGUUCAAUGCAGUGGGUGACCGGUCUUACAAGCUAAGCAUCAACGAGUUUGCAGAUCAGACCAACGAUGAGUUUAGGUCUUACCGAAACGGAUACAUAAGGCCCCAGGAACUACCAACAAGAAAACAGACAUCAUUUAGGUACGAGAAUGUCACAAGUUUGCCAUCUAGCAUAGACUGGAGGAAGAAAGGAGCCGUUACGCCCAUCAAGGACCAGGCACAAUGCGGUAGCUGCUGGGCAUUUUCGGCUAUCGCUGCGACUGAAGGAAUUCACAAACUAACUAUAGGAGAACUAAUUUCCUUGUCUGAGCAAGAACUGGUUGAUUGUGACAAAGGUGUGGAUCAGGGAUGUGAAGGUGGGGAAAUGGAAGAUGCAUUCAAGUUCAUAAUCAGCAAUCACGGGAUCGCGUCCGAAGCCACUUACCCUUACAAGGGCGAUGACGGAACUUGCAACAAAUCAGAGGAGGCUUCCCAUGCAGCUACAAUUACCGGCUACGAGGUUGUUCCUGCAAAUAAUGAACAGGCAUUACAGAAGGCUGUUGCAAACCAACCAGUAUCAGUGUCCAUUGAUGCCGGAGGUUCCGCCUUUCAGUUCUACUCGAGUGGAAUUUUCACGGGAGAUUGCGGAACUGCUCUAGACCAUGGUGUUACGGCGGUUGGAUACGGUACCUCUGAAGAUGGUACCGAUUAUUGGCUCGUCAAGAACUCGUGGGGCACAGGAUGGGGUGAAGAAGGAUAUAUCAGGAUGCAGAGAAACAUCAAGGCUAAAGAAGGUCUUUGUGGCAUAGCCAUGGACUCCUCCUAUCCAACAGUCUAAAAGCUCAAAUUUCGAUAUCUUAAUUA